CGAGAACUGCCAAAGCUGCUAUAGCACAUCGAUUGGCUUGCCAGUUGGGGCGACGCAGCCGACUGACUCACAGAUCAGCGCCGACGCCAUUUCUAUCAUUUCACCAAGGCACAGUAGAAAUAGAUUGAUAUCAUGAAGCCAAACAUGCCGCGACAGUGGACACGCGAAGUCGGCUGCGAGGACGCCUUCUUGUUGCUUACGCUGGAGUUUCCGAUGCUCGGCGAGGCCGCCGCGAGCUCGAUGACUGAGCAGCUGUUCAAGGACGUGCUUACGCGAGCGCUUACGGACUUAUAUGGCGUCGUGGGCGGUGCGGUGCCUUUCACGCUACUGCAUUUGGAGGGCGGCGAGGGCAUCGUGCGAGUGGCACGCAGUGACGUGGACAAGCUUUGGGCGGCGGCCUCCUUCGCCACCGCCUACGACGGCCACGAGCUGCGCCUCACGCCCAGGCGCAGCUCGCCCUUCCUCCUGCAGCUCGCGGCAGACAGCAGGCGCUGGGCGGAGCGGAGCCUAGCGCCGCUGAUUGCGGCGGGCGAGGCCGGCACAGCGGGGGUGGCGGCGGCGCAGGCAGCAGCGGGGGCUGCGCCUGACGAGGGGGCAACGCAGCCUGGCGAGGGGCCCACACAGCCUGGCGAGGGCGCCGGCGGCACUGGACCUGCGGCGCUGGGCAGCAGGCUGACGCUGCGUCUGACGCUGCGGCUGAAGCCGACGCUGACGCUGCGGCAGCGGGUGACGGGCUGCAGCCAGAAAAACGGGUUGCCGCUACCGUCCAUUGCCGAGGAUGACCGCGCGAGGCGGGCGAUGCCCCCCGCCCCGCCCGCCAAUGUGCCUGGCGACAUCUCCGCUUCUUCUUAGUUAAGGAUGAACGUAUGAAAGCUGUGCCUCCCGGCGGUGGGAUGCUUGUUGUUGUGUGUGGUUACAAGGUGGUGAGCACGACGUGCAUUCCUGUCCUUGUAGAAACCUAGGCCCGGGCCGGGGGGCCCUUAUAACGCCUGCAACACUUAUAUAUGCAGCUAGUUUGGUCCCCGAAUGGGGGUGCUUAUGCUCCUGUGCUCCCAAAUGGAAUCUAGUAACGCGGCUAACCUGGCUGGGUCCGCAUUCUGCAUGACGGCCUGCAUUCCGCCUGUAAAAUCGAUCUCGCUACCCAAACGCAACUGGUCGUAGGCCGUACACCGCAUGAGCACAUGAUUCUCAUCUUCGACUUCAUUUGCAACACAUAGCGGGCAAAUCCUCUCCUCCCUAGGUCGUCCAUAGGCGCGGUUGGCAGUAAGCGGCCAGCAGCAUAGGCGGAACCUCAUCAAGGCCUUGUGGUGCGCAACUGGUAUAAAUGCUCUACUGUGCCCUUGCAUGGUCAGUGGUGCCGCUCCUUCCGCACACAGCCCCAUCCAAUGCUUGUACUUGCUCAUCUGCACGCCUGGUUGCUUGUUGUCUGAUGGGAAAGUGCUUGGCUCAGACUGCAGCCGCUCGUGCUUCCACGCCUUCAUUAGACUCUCUCGAAAGGCGGAUACUAUUUGCCCUUCAGGCAGCGGGCUACCUGCUCGGCUCUCCUCCCUUUCCGGCCUGAUCAUGUGCAUACGGCCUUGCCAUACGUCUACGCCAUGCGCUGAGAUAAAACGGAAAAGCCGUGCACACCACCCAUCUCCCUCUGGGUGUACUAACGCGUCUUGUACUUCAUCAAUUAGUGCAUCGUGAGCUAGGCUAUCCUUCUGCACGGCAAUCCUGUUAUAGAAUCCAAUGCAAAGCUUGGCGAAAAAGAAAUGGAGUGGUAGUUGUGCUAAUUCAGCUAAUUCAGAUGCGGCCGGCCCGGUGGUGGCGAGGGGCAGGGGCAGGGGGAGGGGGAUCUCGAGUGAGGCCACGACGGACGCGCACGGUAACGAGUAUUGAGGCGGGCUGCUGUCUCGCGGCGGUUCGGACAUGUGAUAGGCAGGCAGUGCAGGUAUCCUGCGCGGGCGUUGGGGGGCUGUGCAUGGCAGGGCAGGCAGACGGCGCCGUGGGAUGAUGACAUUGUGGCCCCGUUGAUUGGGUUUGGUGCCUGGGAGGAGUCGUUCGCCUGGGAGGCCUGUAUUAGCAUCCGGUGGCAAGCUUGCAGUUUGCAACAAGCCGUCUGAGCCUGUGGGCCGAAGAGGGCUGCAUGGGCGUUGCUAGGCGACGCGAAGCAGAACGGAGGGGGCACGGCAGGAGAAAGGCAGGAAGCGUGUGCUGGCGCGUGGCCUGGGGGCCAGCUGUCUAGACAAGGGUUUGCCGCCGCUCCGCAACACGCAUAGCUAUGCAACAUGCAGCAAAGGCACAUGUAUGCUAGCACAGAGCAAGCGCGGAACUCGCG